AAUAAUAACCACGCCCACCAAUACUUCGAGACUCCUAGAUCCUAGCUAGCUAGCACUAGCUGCACUAGACAUGACAGAGGAGAAGUUGAAGCCAGUAAUGGUCGUCCUCCCUCAGAAGAAGACGGGGGACGCUACAUGUGCAAUGCCAUAUGUGGUGAAUGGUGUCACCUUUGACCUCUCAUCCCCUACACAUGUCAUCCGAUUACCCACUGCCAAAAAGACAUCGGAAGCUCCAGCCAAUGAGAGCUCUGUAGCCGUGGCAACCAAGAGAGGCCAGGCACACAAAGAGAUUGAGCGUCGGAGGAAGUUGAAGAUAACAACAGCUAUUUCACAAUUAGAGUCCUGUCUGCCCUUUAAGAUCCUUGGUAGAGUGCGCCAUGGGGAUGUGCUGGAGGGAGCUAUUAAUCACAUCAAGAAGUUGACUCAGGAGAAUGAAGAGUUGAGAGGACAAAGCAGUUCAACAGAGAGUGAUCUGAGGGCAACACUGGCUUCACUGAGACUAGAGAAUCUUCUGUUGAAGGAGCUCCACUCGAUCAUGACACCAGUACAAGAGGAGGUACCAGCCGCUACCACUACCAGCAGCUCUCAGGAGGGUCAGACAUGGACUGUAGCAUCAUUAUUAGCCUGUAAGCCUACACCCUCUACCAACCCUCCGCCUACCACUGGUGGUAUCGUACAACCAUGGUUGAGAGAUCCAGUCCCUCAGUCCCCUACAGAGAGAACUCCGUAUGGAGUGAGAUACAAGCCUUAUCAGACACCACCAUACCAGCAGUACAGUGAAGGACCCCCCAGGGAGACAGGCUAUAUACCCCCCACACACUCGACUAACGAUUACUCUCGAUACAUGCAAGACUACAACCCAGGGGGUCCUGUAUCACAUGAUCCUCAGUUGAUGUCACGUGACCCACAUGUGGUGUCAUACGAGUCAUACCCCCCACAUACGUCUGUGUGGAGACCUUACUCUGAGCCCCCCCACAGACUCUCAGGAUUUGGACUGUCUGACAUUUUGUCUCAUUCUCCCUCUGACCAUUUAGAGCCACCACCACCCUCUAGCUCAUUCCUUGUGGACUCACUAUUAGAUGAUAUUUAAUAUUUUUAUAAUUAUGCCUCGAGGCGUAGCCGCACGAGGGAUACGGUAAAGCUGACUGUGUGUGUGUCUGUCUGUGUGUGUGUGUGUGUAUUCCAGCUAUAACUGCUCAACGGUUACAAUGCGACGAAAACUAACAGCUUUUAUAGGCUUCUAGCCACGUUCUCUUGGAUUUUGAUUCGUGGAUUAGCAAACUAAAGCUUCUUUCUCGAGUUAUGGCUAGUUUGACUCACAUUGAAGGCUGUUGCAGUCUCUUCAGAAUCUUUCAUAGCAUCAUCUGUCCGCACAAACUUUCUAUUCAACAUAUGAGUUAGCCUUGCACUAAAGCGCUAGCUUUUUGUUAGCUACAAUACUCAGAAAAUAUCUGUUAAAACAGCUAGCUAGCAGUACAGUAGCCAUUUGUAAAAUUGAUCUCUUUGGACACACCCUUUAAUUAUUCCUGUGGAUGUAAUGCGCAUGCGCGCUCAUUCCCCAUGUGUGAGAAAAUAAUAUCCAAGAUCCAGAUCCAGAUCCUCCUGGCAGAAUCAUCUUUGUCUUGAGGGCCUGGUAAGCCACAAAACACUACCAUAUAACAAUAUAGAUAACAAUAUGCAUGUACACAGGUCUUUUCUUCUUAGAUAUUAUAUACACUGAACUACAGAUCCUGGAAGAAUCAAUUUUCUUCUUUCUUGAUGUCCUGGUAAGCCACAUAAUACAAAAAAUAAUAACUUACAAUAGAUGCAUGUAAAUAAGUCUUUUCUUCUCAGUGACUUUAUAUAGAUAAGCUAACUUUAAUAUAAAAUUCAUUAUAGAUAACACUCUAAUACUUUUGAGCGAAAGCAAAAACAUGGCGAGAGGCAUUAGCACAGCGCCAGCUUGAACACUAGUUAUAUUCAGCGAACAAUUACAUUUGUGUAUUUCUGAUCUGUUCAUUCUAAUAAAUUUUUACACAGACUCUCAGGAUUUGGACUGUCUGACAUUUUGUCCCAUUCUCCCUCUGACCAUUUAGAGCCACCACCCCCCUCUAGCUCAUUCCUUGUGUCCCAUUCUCCCUCUGACCAUUUAGAGCCACCACCACCCUCUAACUCAUUCCUUGUGUCCCAUUCUCCCUCUGACCAUUUAGAGCCACCACCACCCUCUAGCUCAUUCCUUGUGUCCCAUUCUCCCUCUGACCA